AUGCUUCUUAGGGAGAUUCUGACUGACGAAAACCUCUCUCAAUACUCUGUCAUCAUGCUUGAUGAAGCUCACGAGCGGACGAUUCACACUGAUGUGCUGUUUGGUCUUCUGAAGAAGCUGUUGAAACGCAGGCUUGACCUUCGUUUGAUAGUCACGUCUGCCACAUUGGAUGCAGAGAAGUUCUCUGGGUAUUUCUUCAACUGCAACAUUUUCACAAUCCCUGGAAGAACCUUCCCUGUUGAGAAACUCUACACCAAACAGCCAGAAACCGAUUACUUGGAUGCAGCUCUCAUCACAGUUCUUCAGAUCCACUUGACUGAACCAGAGGGUGACAUUCUUGUGUUUUUGACGGGACAGGAAGAAAUCGAUUCCGCUUGCCAGUCUCUGUACGAGAGAAUGAAGAAUCUAGGUAAAAACGUUCCUGAACUCAUCAUUCUUCCUGUUUACAGUGCCCUUCCUAGUGAAAUGCAGUCUAGAAUCUUCGAUCCUCCUCCUCCUGGUACACGGAAAGUGAACGUGUAUAACCCAAAGCAAGGGCUAGAGUCGCUAGUCAUAACUCCAAUCUCACAGGCGUCGGCGGAGCAGAGAGCUGGACGUGCUGGUCGUACUGGUCCUGGUAAAUGUUACCGUCUCUACACUGAGAGCGCAUUCCGUAACGAGAUGCCUCCUACAUCAAUCCCUGAAAUCCAGAGGAUUAAUCUCGGAAUGACAACGCUGACCAUGAAAGCAAUGGGGAUCAACGACCUGUUAUCGUUUGACUUCAUGGAUCCACCGCAGCCGCAAGCUUUGAUCUCUGCUAUGGAACAGCUGUACAGCCUGGGAGCGUUGGAUGAGGAAGGAUUGUUGACAAAGCUGGCUAAGAACUUCUCAGGUCCAUGGUGUUUCGAGAACUUCAUACAGUCACGAUCUCUACGGCGUGCUCAAGACGUGAGGAAACAACUUGUCAGCAUUAUGGACAAGUAUAAGCUAGAUGUGGUGAGUGCUGGGAAGAAUUUCACCAAGAUAAGGAAAGCAAUCACAGCAGGAUUCUUCUUCCACGGAGCAAGGAAAGAUCCACAGGAAGGUUACAGGACGCUGGUGGAGAAUCAAGCGGUUUACAUACAUCCGAGCAGUGCUCUUUUCAAAGGCAGCCCGACUGGGUGA